AUGGCGAGUCCCACACCGUACGUCGGCAGCAAGAUCAGCCUGGUGUCCAAUUCAGGCAUCAGGUAUGAGGGUGUUCUGUACACCAUCAAUACGCAGGAGGCGCAAAUCUCGUUGGAGUCAGUGAGAUGUUUUGGCACCGAGGGUCGCAAGACGCCUGAAAUUCCAGCGUCCAAUGAAGUCUAUGACUACAUCGUCUUCCGUGGUCAGGACAUCAAAGACCUCACGGUGUUGGAGUCGCCCAGUCCUGCGGUGCGGCUUCUGGGCUUUUCGCUGUGA